GGUGGGCCGACAUUGCACACGAAUGACACCGGUGCUCAUUGAUGCUUACCGGUAUGUUGGAUUGAGGGGAAGGAUAAUGUUUGCCUAAUUCAUGAACGGGUUAGACGUCGAUGAGGAGAGAGUUGACGAUGUAAGACUGACACGUUCGGGAUCACGUAGGAUCCCGCACGUGUUUCAGGCCCUAGAACCGGGAGAAGAAAGACGGCUUCGUGCCGAACACAGAGCCCGUGCACUAGCAGCAACUAGAGAAGCAGCAAACGCCGCAGCUAGGGAACAGGCUGCAGCAGCAGCCAGGGCAGCAGCCAUGACUAGCAUAGCAGCAUCCUCUGCUGCGUUGUCUGGGACCGAUGGGACCCAGUUGGGAAUGCCAACAGGGUCCACGAGUACUUCCAGUUCGUUAGGUUCUCGUCGGUCUACAAGUCAAAUGGCGGGCUCGCAGUUCAGCCCGUUGACUCCUCGCGAAAGGGAGCUCAGAGAGCUCCAACAGGUCAAGAGGAUCCGUGAACAAUUAGAGAGGGAACUGAAGCAAGCAACCGAUAGGGAAAGAGAGAUUAAAAAUAGAGCAGCCAGGCUUGAUAUGUUAGAGGCAGACAAAGCUGAGUUAGAGGGAUUGGAUGAGUCAGGACUAUCUGACCAAAUGAAAGUGUUGAAAAACAACAUGCUAUCGCUGCAUGCGCACGUGGACAGCAGGUUGGACUUCAUGCAGAACACUUUGGACCAGAUCCUGGACAUUUUGCAAAGGCCAGGAUAUAGGCCACCAACACAGUCGCCGUUGCCGUUGACGGCGAUGUCUGGCCCCUUUCCAGCUCAAGCUGGCACACAACCAAGUGGCACGUCUGCAGCAGUUGCACAGACUGUUGCUUCUUCUUCUUCGGGUCCAGCGGUGGGAGCUACACCACCGCAACAACCUGUUCCUCAACAGGGACAGCCACAAGGUCAAUGGUACUCUAAGACCCCAAUGAAACCGCCUCUUGCCUUCUCAGGCGAGAGGAAGGACGAAGAACUCAACACUUGGUUGAGAACAGUUCCAGUUUGGAUGAAGGCGAAGAGGACCUUGCCAGAGGACAAAGUGGUUACUGUUGCAUCUUACCUCGAGGGUAAGGCAGCCAAAUGGCUAGAUGGUAUAGUUGCAAAGGCCGGGUAUGGACGACGUAUGGCGGAUUGGGCUAAUUCUGUUACGUUAGACCAGUUCUUUGAGAUGGUAGAAGCUUGCUGGCACAAUCCUCAGCAGGCACAGAUAGCCACUGAUGCGAUCAACAGACUAGAUCAAAGAAAGUUUAAGUCGGUCAGAGAGCUUACGACUACCAUAGAGAGCCUCAUUGUCGUUCCAGGCAUCAACUACAGUGACCAGUUCCUGUUGACUACGUUUGUUAGAUGUCUUCCAGAGAACCUCAGGAACUUGCUGGCCAGCGAGGCUCGCCUCGAGUACCAUUCGUUUGAGACAUUGUCUAGAAAAGCCUUAGACUUAGAGGCUACACUAGGAAAUGCUCAACCCUCUCAGAGUGAUGCGAGGAAGAAGAAGAGUCCGCAGGAAUGGAAGAAGAAGGGGGCGAAGUUGAUGAUGGUUGAGUCCGAUGGGACUCGAACAGAGAUUGAUGAGCUCAUAGACCUGCUGGACGGUGCAGAGUACGACGGCGAGGAUACCGUUGAGAGUAGCACCCCCGCCGCAGUAGUUAAAGCUAAGGCUGGUGGCCGAGUGAAGGGCCAACCAAAGAGUCAAGGGAAGGCCGCCUCCAAUCAGACCAAAGUGGCUGAUUGGGUCAAGGCAGAUAAGUUUGUCGUGGUUUACCUUGACGACAUUCUAAUCUUUAGUAAGUCUGCCGAGGAGCAUGCACAACACGUUGAGACUGUACUUUCACUCCUGCGACAGCACAAGUAUAAGGUCAACCUAGAGAAGUGUGAGUUUGGUCGCACUAAGAUAUUAUACUUGGGUCAUGAAGUAUCCGCGGAGGGAAUUAGGCCGGAAGAUGCGAAGGUGGCUAGUAUUCGAGACUGGCCACGACCUCAGACUGUCACUGAGGUCAAAUCUUUCUUAGGAAUGUGCGGCUACUAUAGGAACUUCGUGAAGAACUAUUCUACAGUCGCCUCUCCUUUGACAGAUCUAACUCGACUUGAUACGCCGUGGGACUGGAGUGAUGAGUGCGAGGGUGCUUUCAAGCGAUUAAAGCAUGCACUCAUGAAUCAUGAAGUUCUCAUGGUUCCCGAUCCUCAGAAGCCGUUCAUAGUGACCACUGACGCAAGCCAAUACGGCAUUGGCGCAGUGCUGGCUCAGCAGGAUGGGAAGAAGUUGAGACCGAUUGAGUACAUGAGCAAGAAAAUGCCAUCGAAGAAAUUGGCAAAGUCCACCUACGAAAGGGAACUCUAUGCUCUCUAUAAGGCACUUGUCCAUUGGAGACACUUCCUGUUGGGACGGUUCUUCUACUUGAGAACUGACCAUCAGACGCUCAAAUGGAUCAAGACUCAACCGGCUCUUUCCGAUGCACUCAAGCGCUGGAUUGAGGUCAUAGAUCAAUAUGACUUCAAGCUUGAGUAUCUGAAGGGAGAGUACAACAAGGUUGCGGAUGCGCUAUCUCGUAGAGCAGACUACCUAGGGGCGCUAGUUUCUGAGUUUGGUGUAUCUCAGGAAGUAACUCAAUCGUUGGUGGGAGCCUAUCAGGAAGACCCUGUCAUUAUGGACAUCAUGCGCAAACUUCAGGCAAAAGACAAGGCCACAGAAAGUGAGUUUGUGAUGGUGGAUGAGUUACUCUUUCUUGAUAAGGCCGGGUGUAAAAGAGCUGAUGGAGCGGGGGGAGGCAGUGGCAGGAGCUGCUACAACUGUGGGCAAGAGGGGCACUAUGCCCGCGAUUGCCCAGUAGGAAGAAGCCAGGGCCCUCCACCACUGCAACCGUCACCAUCGAUUCAGCUGCAGGGUCAAAGUCAACAGCUGGCCCAGCAACAGCAGCAGCAGGGAGCGUUUGUCAACAACACAAGGUAUUGGCAGAACAGAAGGGAACUAGAGGAAGACAUGAAGACAAUGAAGGAAUGGUUCAAGGCAAAGAUGCAACGGGAGCAAGAAAAGAUGGAAAAGAAGAGGGAGGAUGAGGAGAGAGCAAGGAAGCUAGAAGAACAAAGGAGAAGACAGCAGGAAAAGGAGCGGAGGCAGACCGAGCUGAGACGACUCAACGAAGAAGCGGAAAUGAGAAUCAUGGCGACAGUGGCGAGGGAGCUGCAACAAUUUCGCACGGAUGUGAGUAAUGAGAUACAGGCUACGCUGGCUGCCAGGGGCAAAGCACCGAUGGAGAAGGGGAAGGGGAGGACCAAGGAGAACGAAGAAAGGAUAACGGAGGAAUUGCUUAAGUAUCUGCAGGGGGACAACGCGGAGAGUUCACGGGAUGGAGAGGAGCGAGGAAGAUGGCAGUUUACACGGGCGAACCGAGGAAAACAUACGGGAAGGCGGCUUUAUUCUCCAGACGAUACGGAUAAUGGAGGGGAGGUCACACCCAAAUCAAGCAGGAAAGGUCAAGUUGGUAAAGCGAAAAGCAUGGAGAAGAAGGUACCGGCGACAUGCAGCAGGAUGGGAGUAAACGAGUAUGUACUAAAUGUCCAGAAGAAGUUGGGGGAGAUGACAGCCCAAGAGAUCAAGCGACGCUGCCAGCAGGAGGGACUGGACUACGUCAACAAAGAGCAGGGAGUGAGAGAACUGGUCCGAGUAAUGACAAGGAUGGUGUAUGAAGGUUGGCUGGGGGACGAAGGUGAAGGGGACGACGCCACAGGGGAGGAGGAGCAGGAGGGGUUCAAUUGUGGGGAUAGUGAGACGGAGUGAUGGUGGCAGCCCUCGGAUAGGGAAGUAUGGGACGACAUGGCGAGACUGCUCAGGUUGAGAAGUGAGAUCUGGGGGCUCACCGGUUUUGCGAAGUUGCGACUGAUGGUGGAUAAAGCACUUACUUCGUG